AGGGCGUUGCACGAGAGUUCCGAACAUGUGUAGAAUUAUUUUGUGUAUACAAAAGUGAUAUUAAUUCCGAGGGAAACACGUGUCAGUGGUUUUAUUCUUGGAUCAAAGGAUUAAUAAAGCAAAUCGUGGAGAGGAGUUGGUGCUAAUCAACAUGAACGAAGAUGCAAAAUCCACGGGCCGCAAGCCACCAAAAAACCCCAUAAACAAAGAGAAACUGGCGCGCCACCGUCGUGGUGAUGGUCUUCACCUGAAGCCAGGGAAAAACUCCAUAAAAAACAAAACCCUUCUUAAAAAGCUCCGGCUCCGUGAGCAAGCCAUAGAGAAAGCUGCAGAGCAGGCAGCCCGCGCGGAGCUCCUCCUCACCGAGGAGUCUGGUCACCUCGAGGCAGACAUCGGCGAGCACACCACCCAGUACAAUCAGCGAGAGAUCGCCGAAAACGUUGAUAUCACCAGUGCUACCAAGUACUUCAGGUUGAACCUUGACUUUGGCGCUUACAGGCAUAGAUACACCAGAAAUGGAAGACAUCUGCUCCUCGGAGGACGGAUGGGACAUGUGACCGCCUUCGACUGGGUCACGAAGAAGCUGGCAUGCGAGAUGAAUGUCAUGGAGUCAGUGCACGACGUCUGUUGGCUGCACCUGGAGACAAUGUUCGCGGUAGCGCAAAAGAACUGGGUUCACAUUUACGAUAAUCAGGGAAUCGAGAUCCAUUGUCUGAAGAGGAUGAAUGGAGUCACGAGGCUGGAAUUUCUUCCUUAUCACUUUUUGUUGGCAUCUGGGUCUUACGAGGGAUGUUUGACCUGGUUGGAUGUCUCCAUCGGACAGAUCAUUUCGAGGUACGAUUCCAAAUUGGGAAGAAUAGGGGUAAUGACACAGAAUCCGAGUAACGCAGUUCUCUGUGUGGGUAAUUCCAAGGGAGUGGUGUCGAUGUGGGCCCCCAAGUCAAGGGAUCCCCUGGCCAAGAUGUUGUGCCAUCGGCAGGGUAUCACCUCCGUCGCAGUACAUCCCCAUGGCACUUACAUGUCCACAAGCGGCCUUGACAGAACCGUCAAGACUUGGGACGUGAGACAGUUAGCAGGACCCGUUCACGACUUCGUCCUGAGGUCAGCCGUUGAUAACUUGGUUUAUAGUCAGAAGGGACUUCUCGCAGCGUCUUUCGCAAAUUGUCUUGAAAUUUUCAGAGAUGCUGGAGACACAAUGAAACCCUACCUCCGUCAUAAAGAGACCUGGGGCAUCUCCUCCCUCCAAUUCUGUCCCUUCGAGGAUGUUCUAGGUGUCAGUACAGCCAAGGGCUUCGUCUCAGUUCUAGUUCCUGGCAGUGGCGAGCCCAACUUCGAUGCUCUCGAGGUCAAUCCAUUCCAGACGAAGAGCCAGAGGCGUGAGGCUGAAGUGAGAGCACUUCUCGAUAAAAUACAACCGGAGUUGAUUACUUUAGAUCCUGGAGCUGUGGCUGAAGUCGAUGUUCCAACGUUAAAGGAGAAGGUCGAUGCGAAGAAAAAGCUUUUGUUUAUUAAGCCUCAAGCCAUAGACUUCAAACCUAGAAAAACGAAGGCCAAGGGCAAAGGUGGCACUGCCAAAGUCGUCAAGACGAAGAAGAUUUUGAAGGAAUUAAAACGAAAGGAAGCCAGAGAGGCCAUUCAACAAGUAUCCGAGGAGAAGGCGCAGAAACAGAAACGAGAAAACACCAAAGACUUUGGCGUUUUAAACCGAUUUCUCCCUAAAUCACAGUAGCUUUAAAAGUGAUUAUAAAAAUUAUGUAUGUACAAUAAAAUUGAAUAAUGAAA